UUCAUCAAGUCAUUAAGCGUUGAAAAUCUAAUACUCUAGGAAGCAAGUAGAAACAUAUUGAUUGUAGUUGAAGGUUAUACUUUCCACAUCAUUUGAAUAAAGGAUUAACUGCAAUACAUCUAGGAGGCAAGGCAUUUUUCUUUAAUCUUUGAUAUUAAAUUUGACACCAUAAAAAAUACACAAUGACGGAUGCUCAAUCAAAAGCAGCCAGGCUGCUGAGAAAACAGGGAUCUGUGUCCUCACUGUCCAGUAGUGAUGUAUACAAAGUCCAUAAAGUUGGUCCAUACCCAGAACUUCUGCUUAGCAGAAGAAAUAGUGAGCAGAAGGAGGAUGAGGGGAGGUCGAUGAGUACAGUUUCAUUUAUGGAUGACCCAGGACAUGAUGACCAUUACAGGCCAGCCAUGAAAUAUGAAAACAGUUACCAAAUGACGCCAGGCAGAAAAUUUCCCUCUGGAAAAGUAAAAAAUAUCAUUAAAGAUGUUUUAGAAGGUUAUCUUGCUGAGGAGAAAUACGAACCAGAACUAUGCAAACAAAUGUCUAAGACAAUAUCUGAAGUAAUCAAAGCUAGAGUUAAAGAAUUGAUGAUUCCAAGAUUUAAGAUAAUCUGUAUUGUAGAUAUCGGACAAUCCAACAAUCAAGCCUUGUUAAUGGGCAGCCGAUGUUUGUGGGAUUCUGCUAAUGAUACAUACUCCUCAGCAGAAUUCAGGAACAAUUCCUUGUUUGCUAUAGCCCAAGUCUAUGGUGUAUAUUAUGAAUAGAUAUUAUAGUGGUUAUUUAUAAGUAUUGUUAUCAUCCUGUAUGUUUCAACCAAUGUCAGAUAUAUCUUAUGUUAGUUUAAAGGGAUAUCAUGACAAAGAGAAAAAUUGUUAUUGGUUUUGAAAUUUGUUGUUAUUGUUUAGAUAUAAGUCGGAACCAUAUUCAUAAGUCAUUUGACUAAAGUUAAAAUAUAAAGGUACUUGCCUAAAUAAGGUUUAAUCAAUUGGAUUUUCUAGAACCUAAAACUCUGCUUGGUGUUUGAGUUAAAAAAAAUGUGGCCUUAUAGUUCCUUUGUUUUGCUUACAUAUUACAAGCUUUAGUUUUGAAAAAGAUAUCUGUGAUUUUAACAACUUUAAUCAUUUAAGUUAAACAAUGAUAAGUUAGUUUGUUUGUCUAAGUAUGUAUGAUAAGAGGGAAAAACAUAUUCAGAAAUUAUGAAUAAUCAUAAAAUUUCACAAAUACAUAAUUUUUGUCUCAAUGAAUUCACUUUACAUUUUUGUCGUGACAAAAAUAUUGUCUUAAGAAUAAUAAUCAUCUUGCAUUUUUUCUUGUGUAUAAAGUACACCAUGUAUUUAUUGACUGUUUAUUUCUAGAAGAGGAUAUUUGGAUUAUAAUUGCUUUUCAUGUUCAAUGUAGAAAAAACUGAAUUUAUUAGUCUUAAGAUAAAUAUUUGUUUAACAAACAGGAUUUUUGAGUGUAUGAUGUCAUUUUCUUCUGGUUAAAAUUGCAAAGAUGAUUAAAUUUAUCAACAACAUUCAGAUCUAAUAUAAAGAUGAAUAAAAUGUGUACAGAAAUAAUGCAUAUUUUCAUUUUCAAUGUAGAUAUUAUAAAACACACUGCAAUAAUGCAUGACAAUCUUUAUAUCAUAUUCUGUAUAUUUUUGGCUUUUUUCACCUUGCACUAGUCUUGCAUUUAUACAUAAUUUGUACAAUAUAUUGUUUUUAUUAUGUAGUUAUUUUGUGGGAUUCAUUUUGAAGAGUUGUGCAAUUUCCACAUGUUUACAACUUUAUAUGUAUCUGUCAGUCAUAUUUAAUCAUCUAGAAUAGAAUAUGUUUUUAUCACUGGUGAAAAAACAGAGCUAUUGUUUUGUUAUUUAAUGCUUUUUCAACAAUAUUUGAUUAUGAAAAAUAAUAGUUGUAAACCAAAAAUUAUUUAUUGAAUUUAAAUUCUAAUAUAGGAUAUUGUUUGCUACAGAAAGUGCUGUUUUUGAACUAAAGUUUCAGUUCCAUUUGUAAAAUUCAGAUUUUAUAUAGUCAAAAAAAGAUUAACAUGAAAAUUAUUUCAAAGCACAAGAAGAUGAAAAUAUUACUGAAUUUGUAAGAAAACUUUUUUUUAAGUUUCUUACAAAUGUAUGUGUACUUAAUCUUGAAAAUACUUGAAAAAAAUCUUGUGAAAUUAGGACAAGUUAAUACUUUUCAAUUAUACAAUUUUUUAUGUUGUUACAAAAGUUCACACAGUAAUUUUUGUUAAAAAGUAUGUAAACUGUCCAAAUAACUGAUAUCUACUCAUGCUUAGCUUGCAUUGUUUUUAUAAAUUUAUAUUAUUAUUUUUGAAUCCGUCCAGAUUUUUUUGAAAUGCCUUUACUGAUAUACUGCUGACUGUUAUUUGCAAUACUUUAUUUUGAUGUUAUUUAUUCCAUAUUAUGUAUUUGUCUAUUAUAGUUUAAUAUAACAUUUAUGACAACUAUAAAUUGUUCUAUAGGUGCUAAAAUCUUCUCUAUUAAGGCCAUAAUAAACAUAUUUCUAGGUUCUCAUCCCUAUCCCCCAAAAUAUUAUCCGCUGUAUCAUUUUUUUGUUUCUCAUUUUAAUUAUCUCAACAAGAAAAAAAGUAACAAAUAAAAACAAAAUAAUUGACCCAGUCCAAUUAGAAUAAAUGGAUGAUUAUGAAGGAAUAAUUUUAUCAUGGCCUUAGCAAGAAAGAAAACUGAUCAUGCUGCUGACUAAAUUGUCAGACCAAAAGCUGCAACCAAAUUUGCACUAGAUUAUUUUUCUUUAAAGUGACAUCUUUCAGAGAAAACCAUUCUGGGAAAAUAAAAGUAUAAAGUUAAGGACAUUGUGAAAAAUUGACUUAGAAGAAAGAAAAUUGAAUGCCCAAUGGUAUAUAUAAGAUAAAGAUUUUAUUUUGUUUUAAUAUUUCCUUCAGAUUACUUAAAAUUUCCAUAUUAAGAUUUCACAUAGUAAUUGUUUUUCCCAAUACUUUUGGAAUAAUUACCAAAUAUUUUGAAUAUUUUGCCUGUAAAAUGUGUUUUAAUAUUUGGGGUGUAAAGAUUUUGUUUCAAAUCAAGUGAUAUUCCUGGUAAAUUUGAUGCAGUAUGGUAAGUUUCUUUAUUUAUCUUAAUAUUUUCAUGAUUUUAUAUUAAAUUUUUCUUUCAAUUGUCAUCUAUUUUAAAUAAAUACUUCUCUUUAUUUAAUAAAACACAGAAAUUCUUA